AUGUCCGAUCACGAGUUUGGAGGCAACGACGAUCUGUCGCUUCCCAAGGCGACGGUGCAGAAGAUCGUGGGCGAGAUCCUGUCGCCCAGCGGGGCGUCGUUUGCCAAGGAGGCGCGCGACCUGCUGAUCGAGUGCUCGGUCGAGUUCAUCACGCUCAUCUCGUCCGAGGCCAACGAGAUCUCGGAGAAGGAGGCCAAGAAGACGAUUGCCUGCGACCACAUCACGAAGGCGCUCGAGCGCCUCGGCUUCUCCGACUACGUCCCGGCCGUGCUCGAAGCGGCGGCCGAGCACAAGGAGUCGCAAAAGGGUCGGGAGAAGAAGGCGGACAAGUUUGCCAACAGCGGCAUGUCGAUGGAGGAGCUCGCACGCCUGCAGGAGGAGCAGUUUGCCCAGGCGAGGCAGCGGCACACGUGA